AUGGUACCCAAAAACCCUAGAAGCCCUAGCAGCGGCGCCAUGAACGGGUCUUGCUGUAAGCUAGAGGACGGGUUCCCGGCGUUGCAGCUUUUCGGCCAGGGCGUCUCCUACACCUAUGACGACGUCAUCCUUCUUCCUGGCUACAUCGACUUCCCCGCCGACGCCGUCGACCUCUCUACCCGCCUCUCCCGCCGCCGCCCCCUUGCCAUCCCCUGCGUCGCCUCCCCCAUGGACACCGUCUCCGAAGCCGCCAUGUCCGUCGCAAUGGCCGCCCUCGGCGGCGCCGCCAUCGUCCACUGCAACAACGCCCCCGACAGCCAGGCCGCCAUUGUCCGCGCCGCCAAGGCCCGCCGUAUCCCCUUCGCCACCGACCCCGUCUUCCUCUCCCCCUCCGACUCCGUCUCCGACUUUGGCCCUGCUGCUUACGCAAUCGUCACCGAGUCCGGGACCUCCAAGUCGAGGGUCGUGGGCGUCGUCGCCAAGUCCGAUUGGGAGGGCCUAGCGAAUAGGAAUACUCUGGUUUCCGAGUACAUGCGGCAUGCGCCAGUGUCGGCUCCGGCGAGCUACGACUUCGAAAAGGUGGCGUCUUUCCUGGCAGGCGGGGGAUUGGAGUACGCGCCGUUGGUGGCGGAAGAUGGUGAGGUCGUUGAUCUGGUCACCAAGGAAGACGUGGAGAGGAUCAAGGGAUUCCCAAGGCUGGGAGUGCCAUCCCUGGGCGUCGAUGGGAGGUUCGUUGUGGGGGCGGCAAUAGGAACCCGGGAGACCGAUAAGGAGAGGCUGGAGCAUCUGGUGAAGGCCGGGACGAAUGUGGUAGUGGUGGAUAGCUCGCAGGGUAACUCCAUAUACCAAAUCGAGAUGAUAAAGUAUGCCAAGAGUAUGUACCCGGAGUUGGAUGUCAUCGGAGGAAAUGUUGUCACAGUUGCACAGGCGCAGAAUCUGAUCAAGGUCGGGGCUGAUGGGUUGAGGGUGGGCAUGGGAUCGGGGUCCAUAUGUACCACUCAGGAGGUUUGCGCUGUGGGCAGAGGACAGGCAACAGCAGUGUAUAAGGUUGCAUCUUUUGCAAAGGAACAUGAUGUGCCUGUUAUCGCUGAUGGUGGGAUCUCGAAUUCUGGACACAUUGUGAAAGCUUUGACUCUAGGGGCUUCGACUGUUAUGAUGGGCAGUUUUUUAGCCGGUAGCAGUGAGGCGCCUGGUGUUUAUGAGUAUCUGAAUGGUCACCGAGUGAAGAAGUAUAGGGGCAUGGGUUCUUUAGAAGCAAUGACAAAGGGUAGUGAUGCACGGUACUUGGGCGACACACUAAAACUCAAGGUUGCUCAAGGAGUUGUUGGUGCUGUAGCUGACAAAGGCUCCAUAUUGAAGUUUAUCCCUUACACUAUGCAAGCCGUGAAGCAAGGAUUUCAGGAUCUUGGUGCAUCCUCUUUGCAGUCAGCUCAUGAUCUGCUACAUUCAGAGGUGCUAAGAUUCGAGGUCCGAACAGGGGCUGCACAGGUAGAGGGAGGAGUGCAUGGCUUGGUUUCAUUCGAGAAGAAGUUCUUCUGAACAUUACCACAAAAAACUCACAGAUUAUCCUGUUCGUUUGAUCCUUGGUUCAGUGAAUGCUAGAGAGGCCAAAGUUCUAAUAACAUUGACGUCUUGUACCCAAAAUCCUCUCGAGUUUUGAUUCUGCUAUCUGAUUGAAAUAAUGAAGACGCCAUUUGCUAAUGGUAAUCAUGAUAUAUUAGAGGCUAUGAUCCCUCCUAUGACCUUUCUUCAAUUCAUGCUAUUGCUUCUUAUA